CUUGUACCUACACAAAACAAGCACCCCGGGGCGGAAAAAGGAGCGAGGGCUCUCUCCACCCGGACCUCUCGUCUCCGCCGCUGCGCUCUCAAGAAAAAAAACAGGAGCUUAUCAUGGCUUCAAAACGUAUCCUCAAGGAGCUAAAGGACUUGCAGAAAGAUCCUCCGACAUCAUGCAGUGCAGGUCCCGCUGGCGAGGAUAUGUUCCAUUGGCAGGCAACCAUUAUGGGCCCGCCUGAUAGUCCGUAUGCUGGAGGUGUUUUCCUAGUGAAUAUCCAUUUCCCCCCGGACUACCCCUUCAAGCCUCCGAAGGUAUCUUUCAAGACAAAAGUCUUCCAUCCGAACAUCAAUAGCAAUGGAAGCAUAUGCCUCGACAUUCUGAAGGAGCAAUGGAGUCCUGCUUUGACAAUCUCUAAGGUUUUGCUUUCAAUCUGCUCGCUGCUUACCGACCCCAACCCGGACGACCCUCUUGUCCCUGAGAUUGCCCACAUGUACAAGACGGACCGGUCUAAGUAUGAGACGACAGCCCGCAGCUGGACGCAGAAGUAUGCCAUGGGAUGAUCGAAAGCUUCGUGCUCGUAUCUGCUGCUUGCUUGCAUGCAGAAGAUUGUGUCGCUGUCCCGAGAAACUAUCUCUGGACCAUUAUUUUCUUUGAUUUCCUUGUUGGUCGUGUGUGUCUCCCCGAUCCAUGUAGGAUCGUGUCGUAGUCAAACAUCAACCUAUCAUUGCCAAAGUCGAUAAUGAAAUUGACAUAUGCUUCUCGUGAUAA